GCUGCUGAACACACGAGGACAAUAUGAACAUACAAGUCCAUGACAGUUGUUGGAAAAGAGUUUUCGCGGCGACACGGCACACAAUUGCAUACAAAUUCGUAACAAAUAAUAAUAAUAAUCGGAACAAACGAAAAACAUCAGUCACUCCAUUUUUAUAGGCACUCACAACAAUUCGUUUGCGCAUUUAAUUCACUCGGCUACCGCACGUCAGGCAGGCGACUUACAAAUCCUUUCGGCACCGAGUUGCACGCACUCAACUUGCAAAUUGUUGUACAAAUAUAAUUAGUUGUUGCAUACCGUUAUAUAAACUCGUGCAUUUAUAGUAAAAGUGUGUCUAAAAAUAUAUAGGAAUACCGAACUUACGAAAAUUCCAACGCAUAAAAUUUAAAUAAAUUUAUUGUCAACCGAAGCAAGUGACAGUUGCCAGUUAACGAGUUAACAACCGUUGCAUGUCGUCGUUAGACGAUUGGAAUCAUUCAUUUUGUGGCAGUCAAAGUGAAAUGAACACUUGGAAGGGCAAAUUGCUGACGGACGUGCCGUUCGGGCAUGUGCUCAUCGUGAGCGGGAAAGUGAAACCGAAUCCAAAUAAAAUUUGCUUGGACCUAACCGAUAAUAUAAAGGGUCAAAAUGAGAGUGAAACGGUUUAUCUAAAGAUUGAGGCGAAUUUCAGAGAGAAUCAAAUAAUACGGAGCAUGUUUAUGCCGGGAGAGGGUUGGCAGCAGGAGGAGAUAUCGAAGAACUGGAAAGCUGAUGGACCAAAAAAUCCGCUGGUGCCUGGUCAAACUUUCACCUUCCGCAUAGCUGUGCUACAAAAAUGUUUCGAAAUCUACAUAAACGACAAUCUCUACGGCGCGUUUGAAUUCGUAAAAUUUCCCAAACCAAUAAAUUUCCUAAUGGUUUACGGCGAUUUUGAGAAAAUUACACAAUUCCACCAGCGUAUGCUGUUUCCACUUGUGUUUCCCAGAAGCUUGAUUUGUGCGGAAAAAAUUGCCUUCCAGAGUGACGUGCCGAAGAAAUACGAAGUUGGUACCGUUGUUGCCAUGGAGUGCAUUGCUAAAGGUCCAUCGAACACAGCAUUCUCCAUAUGUUUCCAAUGUAACGACACUGGACGCGUGGUGCUGAAGUUUCAUGUUAACUUUGAGACCACAACAGUGUCGCGUACUUAUGAGCGUUCCGAUAAUAGCUUUUCUUCCGAUGAUGAGGAAACCGACGGCGAAUUUCCCUUUCAGCGCGGCAAACUCUUCAAGAUCGCUUUCGGCAUUGGCGACAAGGCUUUCAUCAUUGCUGUGAAUGGCCAAUACUUCACCUACUACAAUUAUCCUGUGCGCACAUUCGCCAUCUCAACCUUGAAGUGUUUCACUAAUAAAGUUGGUGAUUUUGCGGUAAAAAACUUGGAAUAUCAUUGUGAUUCGCCGUUAUUGGCGCGUGUCGAAAAAUUGUCGUUGAUUUAAUGAGAAAUAUAUGCUUAUAAAAGCAACAGUGGGGCACUGCAGGAACAAACGGCACACGGCGCAUUGCUAGUAUAUAGGCACUAGAUUAUUUGAGUCACCGAAAAGUUGUAGAAGUUAUGUCAUUGCCUUAGUGGAUUUAAAAUAAAGACACUUUUACUUUUGUGUUUCA